AUAAACUGCUCAUUUUGUUCUAUCACGUGAUAAUUAUUAUUCAUCCAAAUUUCAAAAGGUGUCUUUCUUAUUUCGUGCUUUAUUAGAAAUUAAGAUUCUGUGCCGCCGAUAUGCACUCGAAUGGGAGGAAGAUUCAAUUUUUUAGUAAACUGACGUCAAAUUUCAAGUGGCCGAAGACCGCAGUUAUUUUGUCGAUAAUGAGCGGGCCCCUGGUCGGAUCAUACACCAGUUUUCUAGCGUCCAGGCCUCUUUUUAUCACCGAACAGUUGAAGUUUACGGAAAACUUGGGCAUGUUCUUCUUCCACAUCCCUGAAGGAUUGAAGUUGGUCGGAAGCAUGAUAGCGGCCGUCUUGGCGGACUCGUACUUCGGCAAGUUCGUACCGAUAUCGAUAUCCUACGUUCUGCAGUGUAUCCUCGUCUGGCCGAUAUACGUUCUGUCCACUUACCCCUUUCCCCUGAAGCUUCAGAGGAUUUUCUAUCUUUCGGCGAUCGUCAUGGAGAUUUGCUGUUCCUUCGGGGCGACUUUGCAAGUGCCGUUUUUGUCCGAGCAGUUCAAAAUGCCGCAUCAGGAAUCUGCUCUUCAACGGUAUUACGUUUACGAUUAUAUAUAUUUAAACAUGUGCACAAUACUCUUCACGACGAGCAUAAUCGAGCUGGUCAACUGCGUGCAUUGUUUCGGCUCGAAAUGCUAUCUAAUUAUCGUUGGAUUUUGCUACUUCUUCGCUAUUUGCUAUGCGUUCGUGUUCGUGAUUAUGAAAAAAUGGUACAGGAUCAUAAGGCCGACGAGAAACCCUGUUUCUCAUUGUUUGAACUGCCUCUGCUACGCGAUCAAACAGCGCAUUAAAGGGCCGAAACAGCCUAACGCGAAACAUCUAUUGGAUUACGCCCAAGGUAAAUACAACCGCAAGACGAUCGGGGAAAUUAAGAGGAUAUUCACUAUAAUAUCGGUCAUAGUGAUAUACUGCGUAUACUCGAUGUUGUACCAUCAGUUGGAUAGCAAAUGGGUCUAUCAGGCGAAUCAUUUGAACAGAUACAUAGGAAAUUGGGCGAUCAAACCGGAACAGAUCGAAGUGUUGAACCCGUUGAUGGUCGUGGUUAUGGCACCGAUCCUCGAGCACGAAGUUUUUCCGACGGCUGCUAAAUUCAACCUACUCACCACAUCCUUGCAGAAAAUGGGAAUGAGUUACUUCUUGACUAGCGUCGCAUUCUUCGCCGCGGGCAUUCUACAGUACGCGAUCGACUACAACAUGGCGUACGGCGCUACGAGCGAAGGGUUCGGACAAGUCAGAUUGAUCAACAUGCACCCGUACACGAUAUCGGUCGAAUUCCGGCAUAAAAUCUUCUCCCUUAAAAGCAUGGCAAUGCACUUAGUCCCUGACAUACCGGUCAAGAAUCACACAACAGCUGCACUGAGGUCGACAUCAUUCAGCAAUCGGUCCAUGUACAUUUCGGAAAACAUCGAAGUUAUGGAAAAGAAAUCCAUUACUUAUUUACUUCAGGACAACAGUGUCGUUCAAAUCGAGCCCCCUUUAGAAAUAAGCCUGAACAAUACGAGGAACCCCGUCGUGGUAUUGGUCUGUUCUAUUACAUGCGAAAGCUCCAUCACGAUAAAACAAGAAGGAUCCGACGACCAGAACAUCGAUCCUCCGGGCAAAGGUGAAAGCCGUAUCGUCGAACUGAACAGCGACAACGAGUUUUCCAUAUUUUACGACAAUAGGUCUUUUACAACACAAACGAAAUUCGUCGACUUCAGUGCUAUUUACACAUUCGUGAUAUGUCCAGGUGUGGCGAACGAAAAAAUGAUAAUGCGCUUUACUCUCUAUGAUCCGUACAAAAUUCACGUUUUUUGGAUAUUACCUCAGUACUUUUUGCUGUCCGUCGCCGAAGUGACCCAAUACGUCGGGAUGAACAUAUUCAUCUACACGCAGUCGCCGCUGACCCUUCGCAGUGUUAUGCGCGCCCUGCUCACCGUCUCUCAUUCCGUGGCCCAUCUCACGAUCGGGGCGUUGUCUUUGAUGGAUAUCUCUACGUCCAUUUGGUUCUUUUCACUCGCCAGCUUUCUUUUGUUGGCCACUGGCAUUCACAUCUGGUUUGCAAAAAAGUACCAAUAUCAUAUACCUUUGGAUUAACUUCAAAUUUACUUGCUUAAUAAACUACUUGACAAACCU